GAUGCAGAUGUUAUGAGAGAGAGAGAGAGAGAGAGAGAGAGAGAGAGAGAGAGAUAGAGAGAGAAUGGGGGCUUGUGGUUCGAGGCCACAGGGCUGCGUGGGAGGUAAACUCCGUUUGCCUAGGAAGAAAAAGAAUAAUCGGAAGCGAAGAAGACUCUCUAAGCGCCGUGUUUCAUCUAAUACCCUCGAGCCUAAGGUCGAUUCCCGGGGCCCCAUUGAUCGUUCUUACUCUAAUCCUAAUUUCCAAGCAAGUAUAGAUGCGGCAUGGUUUGAUUCUGCCUCAGUGCUCGAGUCCGAAUUGGACGACGAGUUUUAUAGCAUUCAUGGUGAUGCUUUUUCUCCGAACGGCUCUGAAUCAACGUUUUCGUCCCGAAAGGAUUUUAAUUUCGAAAAGAAUUGCGAAAACCAGUCUGCCAUAGAGGGUUCUAGAAAUCUGAAUGCCAAUAAGGUUCAUUGGAAAGAUUCCAAGUCUCUGUUCAAAUCCGAUGUGUGUUGUAGAGGGGAUGAAGCAGUAACACCGGAUCAUAGUGGUAUUCUUCCGAAUACUUGCUUGCCGUGUCUUGCUUCUACUGGAACUGCGGUGGUUGAAAAAAGAAGAACAUUCGGUUCUGGCGCACCGAGUUUGAGGAGAAGAGCGCCAUCGAAGCUUUCCUUCAAAUUCAGGGAAGGACUUGCUGAUCCGACAAUUGUUUCACCCAAGGCGCUUCUGCAAAGACCGAUAGCAGGUUCCUCGAUUUCUAACUGCCCCUUAGAGAAGAGAAUGCCUGAUUGUUGGUCACAUAUAGAACCAUGUGCUUUCAAAGUCAGGGGGAAAAAUUAUUUUAGGGAUAAAAAGAAAGAUUUUGCUCCAAACCGUGCUGCGUAUUAUCCUUUCGGCGCUGACGUCUUCCUAUCUCCGAGGAAAAUUGAUCAUAUUGCUCGUUUUGUGGAACUUCCUCAUAUAAAUCCACAUGGAGAAAUCCCUUCCAUACUUGUUGUAAAUAUUCAGAUACCAUUAUAUCCUGCCACAUUUUUUCAAAGUGAAACUGAUGGAGAAGGAAUGAGCUUGGUUUUCUACUUUAAGCUAUCUGAAAGUUAUUUAAAAGAGCUUCCCACUCAUUUCCGAGAAAGUAUCAAUAGGUUGAUCAAUGAUGAAGUGGAGAGAGUUAGAGGUUUCCCUGUAGACACAAUUUCCUCUUUUAGGGAAAGAUUAAAAAUCUUGGGCAGGCUGGCAAAUGUGGAGGAGCUUCAUCUAAGUGCGGCUGAGAAGAAGCUUAUGAAUACUUACAAUGAAAAACCCGUUCUAUCACGCCCUCAACAUGAGUUUUAUUUGGGACAAAACUACUUUGAGAUCGAUAUUGAUAUGCACAGAUUCGGCUACAUUGCCAGAAAAGGUGUAGAAGCAUUCCAGGAAAGGUUGAAGUUAAGCAUCUUGGAUUUUGGCCUGACAAUUCAGGGCAACAAGGCAGAAGACUUGCCAGAGCAUAUCUUAUGUUGCAUAAGGUUGAAUGAAAUAGACCGCACUAACUAUAACCAACUGAGCCUUUGAUACAUAAGUGAUCGAAUGCUGUCAGGGUUUUCAAUCAAUGAAGAAAUGAUCGAGUGUGUCAUCCUCAAUAUCUAUUGAGACGCCCUCCCUGUUGUAUCUUGUCGGUCGAAAAUUAACUUUAGUAACUCGAAUUUUGAAGCGCAAGGGCCUCAUUCAUUUGUACAGAAGUUCAAACUAGAAAUGUAAGGUUCUGAAAAAGAUAACAUAAUAAAAUGCAGUGAGUUUUUCUUUA